UGCGCCUUUUUCUCCGCGCUCACCGCGGCGGCGCGCGGCCACUAGCCAACCGCAGGGAGCGCGGUGGCUGCAGCGCCCUGCGCUCGGAAGAUGGUCCCCGCAGCCGGACAGCUCGCUCUGCUAGCGCUGGGUAUCUUGUUAGCUGUGUGCCAGGCUCUGGAGAACAGCACGUCCCCGCUGAAUGCAGACUCUCCCGUGGCCGCUGCUGUGGUGUCUCAUUUCAACGACUGCCCGGAUUCGCACACUCAGUUCUGCUUCCAUGGAACCUGCAGGUUUUUGGUGCAGGAGGAGAAGCCAGCCUGUGUCUGCCACUCUGGGUACGUGGGUGCCCGCUGCGAGCAUGCAGACCUCCUGGCCGUGGUGGCUGCCAGCCAGAAGAAGCAGGCCAUCACUGCCUUGGUGGUGGUCUCCAUUGUGGCCCUGGCUGUCCUGAUUAUCACCUGUGUGCUGAUCCACUGCUGCCACGUCCGCAAACACUGUGAGUGGUGCCGUGCCCUCGUCUGCAGACACGAGAAGCCCAGCGCCCUCCUGAAGGGAAGGACUGCUUGCUGCCACUCUGAGACAGUGGUCUGAAGAUCCCAGGGGAGGAAUUCGGCCAGGUGGCCUAUGGCAGCCCACCGAUGGAAAAGCUUCUUGGGACACCACCACCAGCCGUGCCCAGGCACCUGGGACGUGCUGGCAGACCUUCCCCUCAGCGCACAAUCGCCUGUGCGGCCUUCUGGCCUCUGCGGGCCUUCAAAACUGUGUGAUAACUCUGCCUGCUGGGUUUCCUCAGCGCACCCUAGAGAAGAGGCCAGUAGACCAUGUUUUCAGACAAGUUGAACAAGAACCUCAAAGAGCUGGCCUCCUUGCUAACCCACACCAGGCAUGUGCUUGGGUUGGACUCCAGGCUGUUUCUUCUCAAUGGGCCAUCUGGUCCCAGCAGAGACUCCAUGGUUGGUGUACACAAUGGACAAGGGAAAAACGUUUCUUGUUGUAUGAAGACAGUGUGGCCUCCUAUGUAUGAGCCUUGACAUCUUCUCAA